CGUUUCUAUCGCUAUAUCUUAAUAGAGUACAUUCCUACUGCGUGUAAACGUAGCACAACCACAAAUAAUAGAUUGAUCAAUUAACCAAUAGGCGACGAGCGCGAUCGACCAAUAGGAGGAAGUGUACACGGAAUAUUUGGAUGGGCUUUAUCACCUUGUGUCGCUUUUGUCCAAGGUGUUAAUUCGCAGCCACGGAAUGUACGCGAUGAUAAUCCGUGUACAUAUGGUCACGGAAUAUUUGGAUGUACAUUACUCGGUUGGGCUUUAUCAUGGUCGUGCAUUACAGUUUCCCAAGAAAUGAAUCCAAAUUGUCGUCCGUUAAUUACCAAUGCAAUAAAAAAAAGUAAUAAUAAAUAAAAAGGGAAAUAGAAGUUUUCCCGUCUAUGACUUGAUGACGGGGCUAACGUUUGCCCGAUUCGAAGUCGAUCGAAUCUCGAAUAGUUGGAUUUUUGGUUGGAUUGUUAGACAUUGGUUGGACACAAGGAUUCUUGGUCUUUGGUUGGACAAGAAUACAUUUGACAAGAAUUUGACAUAAGAAAUGAAUGAAUGAGUGCAACACUACUCUGUCUGUCCGUUGUGCGAGCGAAUGUACGUUACGAAAGUGAAUUUUUAGAAAUAAAUUCAGGAAACAGUGGUUAAAUAUCCGCAAUUUUACAUUAAUAGGCGAAAAUGGAAGUGACCGACGAAAAUCUGGCUACGUUGGCGAAUUACUUACAGCAAACCUUGAAUCCAGAUCCUAACAUUAGGCGGCCCGCAGAGAAAUUUCUGGAAAGUGUGGAAAUAAAUCAGAACUAUGCCAUUCUGCUGCUUCACCUCAUAGACAAGGAUGCAGUAGACAUGAACAUCCGUGUAGCAGCAGCUAUUGCCUUCAAAAACUAUAUCAAAAGAAACUGGCCUGUGGAAGAAGACAGUGCAGACCGGAUCCAUGCUUCAGACCGUGCCACAAUCAAGACUCUCAUAGUGAACAUGAUGUUGAAGUCUCCGGAGGCUAUCCAGAGACAGUUCAGUGACGCUGUGUCUAUCAUCGGAAAGAGUGACUUCCCGGAGAAGUGGCCCAGUCUCAUUCCAGAGAUGGUGGAGAAGUUUGCUACAGGCGACUUCCACGUGAUCAACGGUGUCCUCCGCACGGCGCACUCCCUGUUCAAACGCUACAGAUACGAGUUCAAGUCACAGAAACUGUGGGAAGAGAUCAAACAUGUGCUAGACAAUUUCGCCAAACCGCUCACAGACUUGUUUGUUGCCACAUUGGACCUAAGGAACACCCACGCAGACAACCCGCAGGCGUUGAAAGUGAUCUACAGUUCGCUGGUGCUCAUCUGCAAAGUGUUCUACUCACUCAACUGUCAAGAUCUACCGGAGUACUUUGAAGACAACAUGCCUAUUUGGAUGCCCAAUCUCCUCAACCUACUGCAAGCUAAAGUGCCUUGCUUGGAGACCGAGGACGAUGAGGACAAGCCGGGCGUAAUGGAGCAGCUGCGCACGGAGGUGUGCGAGUGCGCGGCGCUGUACGCGCUCAAGUAUGAGGAGGAGUUCGCGCCGCACGCGCCCGCCUUCGUCACCGCCGUGUGGACCGUGCUGCUCUCCACCGGCCCGCACACCAAGUACGACGCGCUGGUUGCGAAUGCGCUGACGUUCCUCGCGAAGGUAGCAGAGAAGAACAGCUACAAAAGCUUGUUUGAGGACCCCAACACCCUCAGCAGUAUCUGUGAGAAGGUCGUCAUACCCAACAUGGAAUUCCGAGAGUCGGACAUGGAGUUGUUCGAAGACAACCCAGAAGAGUACGUGCGGCGCGACAUCGAGGGCUCCGACGUGGACACGCGGCGCCGCGCCGCCUGCGACCUCGUCAAGACCCUCGCUCAGCACUACGAGGAUAAGAUGAUGACCAUCUUCGGGCAGUACGUGCAGCUGAUGCUGAGCAAGUACGGUGAGGCGGGCGGCGCGGCGUGGCGCGGCAAGGACACGGCGCUGUACCUGGUGACGUCGCUGGCGGCGCGCGGCAGCACGGCGGCCGCGGGCGUCACGCGCGCCUCGCCGCUGGUGGACCUGGCGCAGUUCGCCGCCACGCACGUGCUGCCCGAGCUGCAGCGGCCCGGCGUGACGGAACUCCCCGUGCUAAAGGCGGACGCCAUCAAAUACCUGAUGACAUUCCGUUCGCUGCUGCCCAAAGAGUUGCUCGUUAACGCCUUCCCGCUUGUGAUCCAGCACAUCAGCGGGCGCGGCGUGGUGUGCACGUACGCGGCGUGCGCCGUGGAGAAGCUGGUGGCGGGCGGCAUGGUGCCGCGGCCGCAGCUGGCGCCGCACGCCGCGCCGCUGCUGGGGGCGCUCUUCGCCGCGCUCGACGACCACAACGAGUACAUCAUGAAAGCGAUCCUCCGCACGCUGGCGUGCCUGCAGGAGGCGGGGCUGUCCUUCCUGGGCGAGGCGCUGCCCAAGCUGGCGCAGAUGCUGGCCGUCGUAGCCAAGAACCCCUGCAAGCCGCACUUCAACCACUACCUCUUCGAAACUCUUUCCUUGGCUGUCUCUUUGGUGACAAAGUCCAACCCGAACGCUAUCACGGCAUUUGAAGACGCGCUUUUCCCAAUAUUCCAAGAAAUCCUGCAGAAUGAUGUCCAAGAAUUCAUGCCGUACGUGUUCCAAAUGCUGUCGCUGCUGCUGGAGCUGCGCGGGGCGGGGGCGGCGGCGGGGGCGGGCGGCGCGGCGGGCGGGGACUCGGACGCGUACGGCGCGCUGCUGCCGUGCCUGGUGGCGCCGCCGCUGUGGGAGCGGCCCGCCAACGUGCGCCCGCUCGUGCGCCUGCUGUGCGCCUUCGUCGCCGCACGGACCGACCUCAUCCUCAGGACUAACAAGCUGAACGCAAUGCUGGGCGUGUUCCAGAAACUGAUCGCGUCCAAGACGAACGACCACGAGGGCUUCUACCUCAUACAGACCAUGCUGUUCAAGUUCGGAGAACAAGUGAUGCAGCCAUACACGAAACAGGUUAUGACCCUCCUGUUCCAGCGGCUCUCGUCCUCCAAGACCACCAAGUACGUGCGCGGCCUUAUUGCCUUCCUGGGGUUCUACGCCGCGCACUUCGGAGCCGAUCCCCUGAUAGACCUUGUGGACUCCGUACAGGCCAAUAUGUUCGCGAUGUACGUAGAGCGCGUGCUGAUCCCGGACCUGCAGAAGGUGAGCGGCGCGCUGGAGCGCAAGGCGGCCGCCGUGGGCUGCGUCAAGCUGCUCACUGACUCCGCGCACUUCCGGCAGGGGGCGCUGGCGCAGCUGUGGCCCAAACUGUUGCAGGCGCUGAUCGCGCUGUUCGAGCUGCCGACCGACGAGUCCUCGCUGCCGGACGAUCACUUCAUAGAAGUGGACGACACGCCCGGCUACCAGGCGCAGUACAGCCACCUCACCUGCGCCAAGGGGGUCAGCAACGACCCGCUAGCCAGUAUCGAGGAUCCAAAGCGUUAUCUAGCGGAAAGCCUCGGCAACGUGUCGCGAUCGAACCCUGGACUCCUUCCUCCGAGGGUGGCAGCAUUGGACGAACAGCAUCGCAACGUUCUUCAGGUGUACCUAAACGCGUACUCAGUGCAGAUCUGUUGAAAUUACAUGGGGUUUUAGUGUGGGCCGAUAGAUGGCGGUAGUGAGACGUGAGGUCCGGUGGAAACUAGAAGCAUUGUAGUUUGUACUAGAGACGAUAAUGACAAAAAUAAAAUCCCGUUACAUGAGUAUUGUACAUCGUAAGAACAUGCGUUAGUGAAGGAUUAUUCUUUUUAUAGCACUCAAUAGUGCUUAAUUGUUAAACAAAGUCGAUAAGUUUGACUCGGACGCGAUUUAAACCAACAGCUCUACUCAAGUCAGGAUGAAGAUGGUGGUUAACACGCUCGUCCCAGCUUGACAAUAGCUGCGCUUUCAAAUCCAGUCCUAGUCAAAGUUUUUCAUAUUGAUUUUCUCUAUUCAUUAAGUCAAAAUUACAGUACGGCCGCCGUAACGUAAGAAGUCCGAUUUGACUCAGGAAGCCAGCACGGAAAAUUACACCUCAAUGGCAUUCAUACUAGAACUAUGCUUUUUGAUUCGCCGCAGUCGGGUUAAAACGGACUUCUUACGGCGGUCGUACUAUAGGGAAAAACCUUGUGAUCUACCAUCAUGUGAUUUACCAUCAUAUUGGCCCCGAUUCCUGCAGACACAUCCUAAAUUCCUAAUUUUAUUUUAAGUCAUACCCGUCAAUUUCGUAUCCGCCGGAAAGGAAAAGGAUAAAAUUUAUGGAACGCACGUCAAUUUUAGGCCGAAAUUUUAAAAAGCCUUUCAGAAAUUUUAUAUUCGUCAAUAACCCGACAGAAUUAAGUUAACAGCACACGUAAAACGGAUUGCAUAUGAGCGAGAUGCCUUUUAUUCGCCCAGGUUAUUCAUAUUUUUCUUUUUCGGCGGAUAAGAAAAUAACCGAUAUAACUUAAAAUAAAAUUAGGAUGUCUGCAGGAAUCGGGGCCACUAUUUAUGAAAACUCAUUAAAGUAAAGUUGUACAAUUUCUGGUUUGCCCUACUUAACGAAUGAUGACAUAUAUUAUUAUCUCUUGUCUUUCUCGUACUAAGCUAUAUACUUUUAUUGCGAAAAGAUAUGCCAUCUUUUGUUUUUUUCACACUAGGCGAUGUAUUAUAUAUCUGUUCUGCUGUCAUUCUAAUUAUUCUAUGUCAAAUAGGGUGUCAUCUCAUAUUUCAAUAACGCCAUUGUAUCCUGGUAAGUUGACUGAUAAGGAGGAUGUUGAUAGUGAAAUUGUGUAAAGUUUUGUGAGGCGACGUGUAUGGAAGACUCGUUAGAGAAAAUUGGGUGUAAAAUGUACAGUAAAAUUAAGGGUAUAAUCAUUUAAACUCAUAAGUGUAUGUAUCACAAAUAAUAGGGUAGCUUCCAACUAGUCAAAUCAGUUACUUUUUACUAAACGUCAAAACACGAAAUUACUAUGGAAUUUGUAUGAAAAAGCAACCUGGGACGUCAUAGAAAAGUGACAAAAUGUCGCACUUUCCUUAUUAAAAUCCAUGAACC